UGAACGAGCAGGAGGAUUUCUGCAGCCACUAUUUUUCGCCUUGACUUUUUUGUUUUUGUCUGUUAUUUGAGCUGUAUUAAUUUGAGCAGUAUCUUGAAAAUAGUCUAUGAGCCUUGAAGAUUUAUCGCUACCAGCGAUUUAUCCAUUGGAACACCAAGGUGAAAAUUGAAACAUUUUUUAACCAAUGUACUCUUGCGACCAGCACGAUUUAGGAAACAGCAUGAGUGUUUGCUUGGUAGGUGAACAUGAACGCAAUACAGUUAACUAGCGAGCUAAAAUGGAAACAGCAUGCUAAAGAAGCGGCAAAGGGAAACGGGCGAUGUUGUGAAGGUAAUUGUAAAGCAAAGUUCUUUUCUCCACUGCGCCCACGAAGUCAUGCAGAGACUUGUACCGAUUCAAAGAGACAUCAACCAUGAAGGAACACAUCAGUCGCCCGUUUUCAGCGAUUUAUGGUGAUAGGCUAAUUCGAGCUCACUAAGACGUAAUUCGUUUUCUUUUACCAGCUUUAACAACUGUGCCCUGCUGAAAAGAAGAACGAGCGGUUUAAUGUCUCUUUAAAAUGGCAUAAACCCUUUUUCAAAAGCACUGCUGCAGAUGUUAAGAAAAUAAUUUCCAGGAUGACAAAAGAUUAGCCUGGCCAUUUCGAAUGAUGGAGAGGGCUGGGAUGACAGAGCCUGUGAUUAAAUGGAUUUCCAUUCGAUUCGCUGUGGUUUGUGUCGCGUGUGUCUCCAUUGUUCGAAGGGCAGAAUGCACCGCUGUACUGCUGGCUGCCUGCAGUGGGAAGGUGGAGUUACACACAGAGAGGAGGGGAGUCAUCUACAGCCCAUCCUGGCCACUGAACUACCCUCCGGGAUUGAACUGCAGCUGGGACAUCCAGGGUGACAAAGGCGAUGUCAUCACAAUCAGUUUCCGUAACUUUGACCUAGAGGAGUCUGGGAAGUGUUCAGGAGACUGGCUGAUGAUCGGGCCAACGUGGAGGGAAGAGUACCGGGUGUGCGGCUCCCUCCUGCCCCCGCCCUUUAUCUCCAGCAGGGGCAGGGUCUGGCUCUACUUCCACUCUCAGGCUAACAGCUCCGGGCAGGCCCAGGGCUUCCGUCUGUCCUACAUCCGGGGCAGAUUGGGCCAGAGCAGCUGCCAAAAUGAGGAGUUUCUGUGUGGGAAUGGGAAGUGUCUCCCCAGGGCCUGGAGGUGUAACGGUCUGGACGAGUGUGGGGACAACACGGACGAGAAGAGCUGUGCCCCGCCUCCUACCGAGGCACGCCCCAGCCUCUGCCCACCCACCACCUUCCAGUGCACCCAGGCUCAGUCCACUCAGUGCCUGCCGAACACGCUGCGCUGCAACGGAGUCCAUGACUGCGCUGACGGCUCUGACGAGGUCAGCUGCCCCGACACCACCUGCGGCAAGCACCUGGGCAACUUCUACGGCUCCUUUGCCUCGCCCGAUUUUUUCCGGCCCAACCGCAGCAUCUCUGACCUGCGCUGCUCCUGGUUCGUGGACACGCAGGACCCCAAACCCAUCAUCCUGCAGCUGGACCUGCAGCUGGGGCCAAGCGACUCGGUGCGCGUGUACGACGGGCUGGGCGAGCGCACCGACCGGCUGCUGCAGACCUUCUCCCACCACAACAACCGCCGGCCCAUCGUGGUGGAGUCCAACCAUGGCCAGCUGACCGUGCUGUACCAUGCCAAGCCCCGGGGAGCCGGGCACGGCUUCAACGCCACCUACCAGGUGAAGGGCUACUGCUUCCCUGGGGAGCACCCCUGUGGCAGCGACCAGGGCUGCUUCUCUGAGCGGCAGCGCUGCGACGGCUACUGGCACUGCCCCUCGGGCAAGGACGAGGAAGACUGUCCCAUCUGCCAGGCAGGGGAGUAUCCCUGUGAAGGGGGCAGCGGGGCCUGCUACCCCGCCGCAGAGCGGUGCAACAACCAGAAGAAGUGCCCGGACGGCUCGGACGAGAAGAACUGCUUCAACUGCCAGCCGGGCAACUUCCACUGCGGCACCAACCUCUGCAUCUUCGAGACGUGGCGCUGCGAUGGGCAGGAGGACUGUCAGGACGGCAGUGACGAGCGUGACUGCUUGGUGGCCGUGCCCCGCAAGGUCAUCACGGCUGCGUUGAUCGGCAGCCUGGUGUGCGGCCUGCUCCUGGUCAUUGCAUUGGGAUGUGCCUUCAAGCUCUACUCCCUGCGAACACGCGAGUACAGGGCUUUUGAAACCCAGAUGACCCGGCUUGAGGCGGAGUUUGUCAGAAGAGAAGCCCCGCCCUCCUAUGGUCAGCUGAUUGCUCAAGGCCUGAUCCCACCAGUGGAGGAUUUCCCAGUCUACAACCCCUCUCAGGCGUCCAUGCUUCAGAACAUCCGCACCGCCAUGCGCAGACAGAUCCGCCGCCAUUCCACCCGCCGCGCCUCCUCCCGCCGUCGCCUGGGACGCUUGUGGAGCCGCCUCUUCCACCGCGGGACUCGGCUGCGGGGCCAGAUCCCACUGCUCACACCGCCCGGGGCAGCCCACCCCUCCCUCACCCGCUCACAUAGCUACCAGGCUGUGGGUGGAGUGGGCAUUGGGGCGGGACAAAGCCCUUCCCCCUGCUCCUCAGCAGCCUUGGGCCUGGCCUUACAGGCACACACCGAGGCCCUGUACCAGCCCCCCACAGACUCCCCACCCUCCCCUCCAUCCCCACCCACCCCCUCUUCGCCCCCCUCCACUUCGGACAGCCAGGAGGAGGAGUCGUGCGUUUCUCCAGGGGUUCCAGAGUGUGGGUGCACCCAAAAUGGCUGUGCAAACACCAGGACCCCCUUCUCUGGACAGACAGAAACCCCAGGCACCAGCAGACAACACGGUACCACACCUGAGAAUGCCAGUGAGUCCUAUAAUCGCAGGGCAUCCAGAAAGUUGGUGCAGAGGCUGGCCGCCAACCUGGCCUUGCGACGCUACACUCCUCUUGGUAGUUCUCCUGGCCUAGAGCCCCAAGUGCCCUCCACUCCCACUGAGGAGCAAGGACCCUCAGGGACACAGAACACCAAUCAUAUGUGCCAUUCUCUGGACUUGCCAAUAGAGGAGGAGCAGGAGUCAUGCUCCAGGAGUAACCUCACAAGCAGAGGUGAGGAUGAUGAUGAGUCUCUGCUAAUGUGCUGAGGGAGCUGCCCGCUCUUCCUUGCCAGACUUCAGGCCAAUACUGUCUGUCUCAUAGGCGGCGCUGCAGGGCCAUCACUAUCACACAGAUAUCCUCACACUCUUCUUCUUUCUCUCUGUGGUGAACCACUUCACUGGUGGUGUUAGCACUGCCAGUAACCUGGACAGUUUAACUGAACACCAAGGUGUGGGCUAGAAUCAGAGGUCGUCUGUUCACAGUGGAUGCUCCAGCAGAUAGUAGGCUUUGCCCUUCCUUCUGUUCUUGCUACACCUCUUCAUUUGUCCCCCCCCCCCCCCCUCAGCUCUCCUGUUCAGUGCUGUAGCCCCCGCUGGCUCUUGUACGGACAGGGUCACAUAGUGGGGCAGGAGAUGAACAUGCUGCUCUCGGAUAGCAAGGCCCAAAAGAAAGCACUUUCUCUCCCCUGCCUUACAAGAGAUUGAGAA